CGGAAAGAUCUUGGUGAUGUCAGGUGCAGGGCGGAGCUUGGGAAGUUGUAUACUACUACACUUGAAGACAGUCAGUGGUGACUGAGCCGGAGACGGAGUAUAAGGCGCUGCUGCUGCGGGUGUCCUCCGUGCUGCAUGGCUGGCGGGAGGGUGGCAGCGGGAGCUCCGGAGUGCGGCUGUGUCACGCUGCAGUGCCGGGCGGCGGUGGAUGUGUGCGUGGCUGAGCGCCCUGCAGAUACAGCGUGGGGAGGACACCGCUUUCUUUGUUCCUCCGGGCUGCCAGCAUGUCUCCUAUAGGAUUGCCUUGUGACUUACAAUGAGCAUCAACACAUCUAUAGGAUACGCUGAGGAAAUUGACGCUGCCACGGAGAAUGGGGCCACCAUUGUAGCCGAGUCCAUUGCCAUAAUUAUCAUUGACAUUCUUAUAUGCCUUGGCAACCUGGUGAUUGUGGUCACGCUGUACAAGAAGUCCUACUUACUGUCCCUCAGCAACAAGUUUGUGUUCAGUCUGACUCUGUCCAAUCUCUGCCUGUCUCUCUUUGUCCUCCCAUUUGUUGUUGUUAGCUCCAUACUGAGAGAAUGGAUAUUUGGGGUUGUGUGGUGCAAUUUCUCUGCCCUCCUGUACAUGCUGAUCAGCUCUGCCAGUAUGCUCACACUGGGCAUCAUAGCAAUUGACAGGUACUAUGCUGUUCUUUAUCCAAUGGUAUAUCCCAUGAAGAUCACCGGCAAUCGGGCAGUACUGGCUAUAGCAUAUGUGUGGCUGCAUUCCCUCAUAGGGUGUCUUCCACCUUUGUUUGGAUGGUCGUCGCUGGAGUUUGACCACUUCAAAUGGAUGUGUGUAGCUGCUUGGCACAAGGAGGCAGGCUACACAGCCUUUUGGCAAAUAUGGUGCGCUUUGUUGCCUUUCAUUACUAUGAUGGUCUGCUAUGGCUUCAUAUUUCGUGUGGCUCGAAUAAAGGCUCGAAAGAUCCACUGCGGAACUGUUAUCAUUGUUCAAGAUGUUUCCCAUAAGAAUGGGAGAAAAAACUCCAGUACUUCUACAUCCUCUUCAGGAAGCAGAAAGAAUACCUUCUCCAGUAUUGUUUAUUCAGCUAACCAAUGUAAAGCCUUCAUAACCAUACUAGUUGUUAUCGGUGCUUUUGUGCUCACCUGGGGACCUUACAUGAUUGUUAUAAGUACUCAGGCCUUAUGGGGGAAACACAGUGUUACGCCCGUGAUAGAGACUCUAGCUACUUGGCUUUCAUUCACAAGUGCAAUUUGCCACCCUCUUAUUUAUGGACUUUGGAACAAAACUGUGCGCAAGGAGCUUCUCGGCAUGUGUUUUGGCAAUAGGUACCGAGAUCCAUUCCAUCAGCAACAUAGGACUUCACGGAUGUUCAGCAUUUCUAAUAGGAUAACAGAUCUUGGGUUAUCUCCACACUUAACUGCUCUUAUGGCAAGUGGGAAAGAUUCGGAUCACCAAAGCACUACAACAAACACCGGAGUCAGCUAUUCAAACGAUUCAGGUACUGAUGUCAUGUUACUUGAAGAUUGCAGCUCUGAUAGCACACAGCAUAAUCGGCUUCUCUACCCCAGAAGGAAAAGUUCUGUUACAUUUGAAGAUGAAGUGGAGCAAAAAAGUGAUUCUAACAAAACAUCCGCUGAUGAAAAGCCAUCCAUGUCCUUGGAAUCGUAUGCAUUCAGCUUGGCCAAAGCAAUAGAAACCGAUGCAAAAAUCAGCUUGUUUGGAGAAGAAGUAAUGUCAUCUGCUGUGCAACCUAUGCCAGGGGGUUCUGGUAUUAGCCGCGGCAACAGGAAUCACGUGAUCCAGAAACAGAGGAUUGUACUGCAAAGCAUUGAUGAAGGGACCAUGUGAUAUGUUUUUAGUACUAAAACAAUGCUGCCAGUCGAAGAGACUCCCAUGAUAGGAGAUUAAUACAAAGUAAUUCCAUUUAUUUCAUGCAGAAGGAAAUGAUACGUUUGUUACAGGUGCCCAUUUUUGUAGAAAUGUCAUUAGUACAAAGUAUCGCAGCAAUACAUUGAUACCCAGAGUGGUCGCAAGUGAGUGAUGCUUCCUUUUGCCACUCUAUAGGGUACAUUUACUAAGCAGCGAUAAGAGCGGAGAAGUUGCCCAUGGCAACCGAUCAGCACUGAAGUACACUAUAAUUUGCAUACUAUAAAAUGAUACAGAGCUGCUGAUUGGUUGAUGGGGAAAUUUCUCCACUGGCUCACUUCUCCACUCUUAUCACUGCUUAGUAAAUGUACCUCUUAGGCCUUUAUCCACGGUCAUUUACCGUGGGUAUCCUAAUAGGAUAGCCUAUAAUAAAAUAUCUGGGAAAAAUCGCCAAAGACUUCAGUUUUCCUCAACUGAUGAUUUUCACCACUAAUUGGAUACCCCCCCCCCCCCCCCCCUAAGUGUUGUUUACCAGUAGUAUUAAGCUGCUCGCGUUUUGAAAUUAUAAUCCUUGUCUUACUUUCACAUAGGAAAAGGAAUUGAUUUGGGUGCUAGGUGUUGCUUUUUAAUUUUAAGUGCUAGAGAGCAGCACACAUUGGUUUUAAAGUUUGCUGGAUUUUAUACAACUUGUGUAUAUUCUUUCAUAGCAGUAGAUCUUUUGUUACAUAUAUUUAUUUUUAUACUUAAUGGCUACAUUGAAAAUUACUGUUUAGAAAAAAAGUUUUUUUCGAUUUCUUUUUAAAGAGAAGUACAUUGACCUAACACUACAUUUCAGUUGAUAGUUCUUGUCCAAGCUUAUAUGGUACGGUCAGUAUCCUUUAGGUCUUUUUAAGUGUACAGUAUAAAUUCCCUUGCCGGACAUGUCAGCAGUAUUUUAGAUAUGACAGAUCUACAUGACUGUGUGUACCUAUAUAAAUUAUUUGAAAGUAAAUACUUUGAUGAUAUAACCACUUUGUUGCAGGCGAUGACAGGUACUCCAUGACCAUUUCAUGAGGGCAGGUUUGUCUUUUCUGAAUUUUCUUUUUGCUGGGGAUUCAAAAUGUGAAAUGUCCUUUUCGUUGUCUGCGUCAUAGCUAUGUACAGGUGGAGUCUCCCAUAGCCAUAUUGCUUGGAACCAGAAGUAUUUUGGAUUUCUGAUUUUCUGUAUUUUGGAAUACUGCAUACCAUAAUGAGAUAUUUUGGGGAUGGGACCAAAGUCUGAACACACAAUGCAUUUCUGUUUCGUAUACACAUAGCCUGGAAGUUAUUUUUUACAAUAUUUAUAACCAUUUUUUGUGCAUGCAACAAAGUUUGUGAACAGUGAAACAUCAAAAAGAAAAGGUGUCACUAUCUCCAUCACAAUGAAAAUUUUGUGGCUAUGGAAGAGUCCACCUGUUUGUGCGUUGAAGUGGGAAACCCAGGUUUUGAGGCCUGUAAUCCCUGUGUAGCCUUUACGUUUGGCAUUUUUGAAACUGCUUAUAUUCAGUAUUGCAAUUGAUUGUUUUCAGCAAGUAUUUUUCUCUAGCAUCCAUAAGGGAUAUUGGGGCACAUUAAUACGAUGGGUAUAGACUGGGUCCAAAGGAGCCAGUGCACUUUAAAUUUCUUCCACUGGGUGUGCUGGCUCCUCCCCUCUAUGCCCCCUCCUACAGGCAGUUUAGAAAAAAGUGCCCUCAGGAGAGGAUGCACACUCUGCAGCUCCAGUUUUUCUUCAAUUUAUUUUAAACUUUUUGUUUAUUUUGGUAUGCUGUUUGGGCAACAGCAUACCUGCGCCAUGGGAGUUAGGGGAGUGGAUGGUCACUGGCCUCCUGAGAUGCAGCGUCGCUUCCCCACUUGCGGACCGCUGAGGGGUUGUUUGUUCAGUGGGGCACUGCGCCUUGGCUGUCUCAACCGCAGCAUGCCACACACCCCUAACAUAGCCUGAAGGUGAUCUUUGGUGGUGAGUACACACCAGGGGCCAUGCUGCAGUGACUUUCUGCAGGUUCACUGUUAGAUGUUAUAUGUUCAGCCGUUGCUGUUUAUGUUGCCAGCUGUUGCUGGCCCAGUUGUGUUAUGGUAUGCUGGUGUGUAAAUCUCACCACACUUAUUAUUGUUAUGUUCCUUCUCUCAAGUAUGUAAUUUCUCCUUCGGGCACUGUUUUACCUAUAACUGCCUGUGGGAGGGGGCAUAGAGGGGAGGAGCCAGCACACCCAGUGGAAGAAAUGUAAAGUGCAGUUGCUCCUUUGGACCCCGUCUAUACCCAUCGUACUAAUGUGUCCCCAAUAUCCCUUAUGGACUACGAGAAAAGAAUUUACCGGUAGGUAUUUAAAAUCCUAUUUUUGAAAAAAAAAAAAAUUUUGUGGUGUUUGGUAGGAAAUGCCUGCGGUCAGAAGACCGAUCACAGCAUCCGGUUGUUUAGAAUCCUGACAUGGGCAAGGUAAGUAUACUUACCUUACCCUAAUGUACCGCUAACCCUCACUGCAUAAACCUAACCCUAACCUUCCCUGGAGGUGCCUAAACCGAACGCCCUUCCGACAGCCUAAACCAUAUGCCACUUCCGCGGCGGCUUACCUCCCUGGCUGCCCAGUACAUGCUCGUUCGGGAUCCCAGUGGACAGGAUUGUGAUCCGUCUCGGGAUGGCGGCGCCAGCAUUUCGAUCAGUGUUGAGAAUCAGGCGUUGGUAUUUUCGAUCGGUGUUGGGAAUCGGGCAUCUGUAUUUUGACUGACCCCAUUUUUUUUUUUUUUUUCAGCACAAUGUCCAUAUAAA